GCUCAGGAAAGAAAGUUUUAGUUGGCGGCAACCAAACGCACGCGAUUUACGGGAAUAUUCUUACAUUAUUGUUUAAAAAAACGGAAAAAGGAUCCCCCUUUAUACUAUAGAAGGACUUACUGCAAUGAUAACGUUAAAAGUGAUACUAGAGAAGUAGAAUCUGCUGCACUGGCUUACUAAUGAAAGUUUCGAGAUGACGUCUAUUGUGAAGUUUGAAGGAGUGUGGGGAGUUGGGGAUGAAACCCCUCACUGCUACCUCCUUACUGUUGAUGACUUUACAUUCCUCCUGGACUGUGGCUGGGAUGAAAAAUUUGACAAAGCUUACAUUGACCGACUAGCAAAGGUCCUACCACGUGUUGACUGUGUUUUGAUCUCAUACCCAGACCCCCUACACAUGGGUGCCUUACCAUUCUUAGUUGGCAAGUGUCAGUUAUCAUGCCCAGUAUAUGCAACUAUUCCUGUCUUCAAGAUGGGACAAAUGUUCAUGUAUGAUUGGUUCCAGAGUCACCAUAAUUAUGACCUGGUGGAGCACUUCACACUGGAUGAUGUUGAUUCAGCCUUUGAACUUAUUACUCAAGUUAAGUACAACCAAAGCAUCCCCAUGAGAGGAAAAGGAAUAGGUUUGAACAUCUCUGCUCAGCCUGCAGGUCACAUGAUUGGAGGUUCUAUUUGGAGAAUUCUUAAAGACGGAGAGGGGGAUAUUGUGUAUGCUGUUGACUUUAAUCACAAGAAGGAACGCCACUUAGGAGGCUGUGAGCUGGAUAAGAUAAGUCGUCCAUCUCUUCUUAUUACUGAUGCCUUCAAUGCUUCAUACAGACAGGAACGAAGACGUCAUCGAGAUGAAAAGCUCGUCGCCCAACUACAAGAGACGUGUCGCAGUGGAGGAAACGUCCUGGUUGCCACUGACACGGGUGGGCGAGUGUUGGAAAUGACACACAUGCUAGAACAAAUGUGGAGCACGCGAGAGAGUGGUCUGUCGGCUUACUCUCUGUGUAUCCUCUCCAACACUGGCUACCAUGUCAUACAUUUUGCUAAACAAAUGAUUGAGUGGAUGAGUGAGAAGCUGACCAAAGCCUUUGACUCUCUACGGACAAACCCUUUUAGCUUCAAGCACCUUAAGUUUUGUCAUAACCUUACUGACCUCAGUCGUCUACCCUCCCCCAAGGUUGUGUUGGCAAGUUUCCCCGACCUGGAAUGUGGAUAUGCACGAGAACUGUUUGUUCAGUGGGCCACCAAUCCUAAAAAUACCAUCAUCCUAACAUCACGGACUGGGCCGGACACACUGGCAAGACGACUUAUAGAUAAUCCACAGAUUAGAACCUUUAAACUUUUGGAGAAGAGAAGAAUGAAGCUGGAGGGACCCGAGCUGGAUGAACAUUACCGUCAGAAGCGAGAGGAAGAGCAGCAACAACACAGAAUUAAAAUGGAAGAGGUGGAGUCAUCCAGUGAUAGUGAAGGUGAGGAAGGACUGGAAGCUGGCAAGCAUGACAUCAUCGUGCUACACGAGAAGGCUGGUACCCAGAGUAUGUUCCGUAGUCGCAAACAUCAUCCCAUGUUUCCCUUUCAUGAAGAAAAGGUACGAGGAGAUGACUAUGGAGAGUUCAUUAACCUAGAGGACUUUGACAUAGCAUCCAUGAAGGAGGAAAACAAAGAGAAUUUAGAUCUACAGAUUCCUUAUGAGGAGGAAGACAUUAUGGACAUGGAAGAGGUGCCAUCCAAGUGUGUGUCGCAGACAGUGACUGUAAGAGUUGCAGCCCAGGUGCUCUUUAUUGACUUUGAGGGUCGUAGUGAUGGAGAAAGUAUACGGAAAAUUGUGGAGUCCAUGCAUCCUCUGCGAGUGAUCCUGGUGAGAGGGUCCCAAACUGACCUGCUAGCUUUCUCCGAGAACAUCCGUAGCAUGACUCGAGCUAAGGUGUUCACUCCAAGCCUCGGGCAAGUGGUCAAUGCCUCCAUGGAGUCUCACAUCUACCAGAUCAAGCUUGCUGAGUCACUAGUCUCAUCGCUGAUGCUACAACCUGCAGGGCGAGACAUGGAGGUAGCUUGGGUGGAUGGCUGUGUUUCUUUCCCCACUGAAAACAUUAAUGAAACAGUACAAGAGGGGGACAGGCAAGUUAUCUCAAGUGAGAACCAGCGGGAUAGUGACAUGGCAACACUCAGGGUCAUCUCAAAAGAACAGGCACUUCCACAUAUUCCUGUGUUCAUUAACGACAUUCGACUAAGUGAAUUCAAGCAAGUUCUCAGUCGAGCGGGAAUUAGUUCUGAGUUCAACGCUGGCAUUCUCUGGUGUGCCAAUGGAACUUUAGCUCUAAAAAAACAAGACUCUGGCAGCAUAUCCCUGGAAGGUCCACUGAGUCAAGAUUACUAUGAGAUUCGUGAGCUACUAUACUCUCAGUAUGCCAUAUUGUAAAAAUGCGAGAGGUAUGAUGAAUGAUGUACCGAGUGAAGACAUUUACUUGAACCGUCAGAUGUGAAUCACUUAGUGGCGUGCAAGUUGACUUACCUAUGACUUCGACCUUGUAAUCAAGCAUCAAGGUGACAUUUUCAGGAAGUGAUCAUGUUGAAUGUUUUUUUUUAACCUGUUUCAACCACAGCUGGAGGAGCACAGAUUUUUUUUUUUUAAUAUAACUAAGAUCUUGCUGACUGCUCAUGUAAAUUUUAAUGUUAUACCAUGUGUGUUUUUAAGAGGAGCGUCUGGCUUAGGUCGAUAAAAAAUGAAAAAAAUAAAUAAAUACAUAAAAUAAUAAAAUGUGAAAAAAUUCCCGAGCAAAUGUGUUGCCUGUGGCUGUAUCUGAACAGAGUUUUAUGCAGUAUGUAUUGUUUCCCUCC